AUGCCAUUGACCCUUCAUAAGCCAUUGAACGGAAAGAUCAUCAAAACGUACAAAUUUACUAAGGCAGCAACAAAAUCAACAUCACAUCUUACAUUUUUGCUACUUAUGCUAAUUACUUUGCUGGUCAAUGUUCUCGACGCAGCAGCAGCAGCAGCAGCUCAAGCUACAGAUUAUAGUAGCGCAACAACAUCUUCAGUGGCCGCGGAUCAAUAUGGCUUGGAGCAGUAUUUGGAUACGCAAAUAGUGCUCAUUGAUACGCUGCGCGAGUAUAUCAAUGCAUUGGAGCAAAAAAUUGAUAUUAUAAAGUGUUAUUCCAUUUUGUUGUAUCCUUUUUCUUGUCUUUUGAAUACCUCCAGCAAAACGGAGCAAAUCAAAACUAUCAACGAUGUGGCUCUCACCGAUGUGCCUAAAUAUGUAAACAAUCCCUUGAAUGCGCUGACAAUGCUUAAACGAUUUACCUCCGAUUGGCAUAUUUUGCAACAAUACGCACACAACGUUAACAACACGAAAAAAAUCGUCCAAAAUCUCACAAAUACUAGAAAUUCAUUAAAAUUCCCGAGCGAAAGUGAUUUCGAUGAGGCAGCCGGCAAUCUACUGCGUAUUCAAGGAAUUUACCAACUGCAGUCGGAGGGACUAGCAAUGGGCGAAGUUAGUGGUGUGAAAUUGGGCUCAACAAUGUCCUGGAGCGAUUGUCUGGAAAUUGGCCGCAAAUCAGUACAAAAAGGGGAUUUUAUGAUUGCGAAAUUUUGGAUUGAGGCGGCAUUGGGAACGCUGCCUAGUGAGGGAACAAAAUCGGCGAUAAUGAGUGCGNAAAAGGGGAUUUUAUGA